AUGGGAAGAGACCCGCUCAUCGGAAUUGUUGGCAAGCCGUCGAGCGGUAAGUCGACGACGUUGAACUCGCUGACCGACGCAAACGCCAAGAUCGGCGCGUUUCCAUUCACGACGAUCGACCCGAACCGCGCAACGGGGUAUCUUCAGGUGGACUGUGCGUGUGCGCGAUUCGGGAAGCAGGACCUGUGCAAGCCGAAUUACGGAUGGUGUUCUGGCGGCAAACGGCAUGUGCCUGUCGAGCUACUUGACGUGGCGGGGCUGAUUCCCGGUGCGUCGCAGGGACUCGGGCUGGGAAACAAGUUCCUCGACGACCUGCGCCAGGCCGACGCCCUGAUCCACGUCGUCGACGUUUCUGGGACGACCGACGCAGAGGGCAAGGCCACGCGCGGAUACGACCCUGUGCAGGACGUGGAGUGGUUGCAGGACGAGAUUCGGCUGUGGAUCGAAAAUAACCUGAAAAAAAGAUGGGGGUCGAUAGUAAGAAGACACACGGCAACCAAGUCGUCGAUCGUCGACACAUUGCGGGCGCAGUUUGGUGGAUACGGUGCCACAGCGAGUCUGAUCGCCAAGGCCGUCGAUUCGAUACCGAACCUACCCCCCUUGGAGCAAUGGGACGACCAUUGGAUUACCACUGUGGUGCAGCACUUUAUGAACUUCAAGUUCCCGACGGUGUUGGCGCUGAACAAGAUCGACCAUCCCGACGCAGAUAAGAACGUGAGCAAGAUCCUGCUGAAAUACCCCGACUCCAAGGCCGUGCUCACCAGUGCCGUGACAGAGGUGUUUCUGCGCCGGCUGGCCAAGCAAAACUACAUCCGGUACGAGGAGGGAACAGAGUUUAUAGACACGCUUGAGGAUCUGGGCCCGGACAGCGGGCUGAGGCCGCUGGAUGAAAAAUUAAUGCAACGGAUUGAGAACAUUAGAGACCUGGUGCUGUUCCGUUUUGGCUCUACAGGCGUGGUCCAGGUGCUGCAGGAAGCGGUGAAAAUUUUGGACUUGGUGCCUGUUUUCACUGUUAGAAACAUACAGACGUUCACGGGCAGCUCAGGUAACCACGUGUUCAGAGAUUGCACGUUGGUCAAGAAGGGCACGAGCGUCGGCAAGGUAGCAAGACAGAUCAUGGGCGAGGUGACGAUUGCGGCGAUCGAGGGCGUCGAGGGCAAACGAAUCAGCGUCGACGACACCGUUGACGUCGGCAAAAACGACAUUUUGUCCUUCAAAGUGGUUCCUGGCGGCCUCACAACGUCGGCAUAG